AUGAAUUAUGAGUUUAAUAGAUCCUCUUUAGCAGAAAGACGUAUAUUCCUUGCUCAUUAUCAGACAAUCACUUAUUCCCAAACCUCGUGUGGGACUAAUCGUUUUCAUUUACCAUCUCAUGGAAAACCCUUUUCGUUCCGCUUAGCCCUAUCGGGUAUUUUAGUGAUAGGUUCUGUAGGAACUGGACGAUCCUAUUUGGUCAAAUACCUAACGAAAAAUUACGAUUUUCCUUUCAUUAAGGUACGAGGGCUUCUUAUUCCACAAGAACGAAAGCACCUUUUCAUUCUUUCAUAUACUAGGGGUUUUUACUUGGAAAAGACAAUGUUCCAUACUAAAGGAUUCGGGUCCAUAACCACGAGUUCCAGUGCACUAGAUCUUGUAGCACUUAGCAACGAAGCCCUAUCCAUUAGUAUUCCACAUAAGAAAUCCAUUCUAGAAAAAAAUACAAUUAGAUUAGCUCUUCAUAGACAAACUUGGGGUUUGCGAGCCAAGGUAAGAUCGGCUCGGGAUCAUGGGACCCUUUUCUAUCAGAUAGGAGGGGCUCUUGUACAAAUAGACUUACUAAGUAAUAACCCCAUAGAAUCUAUCUAUAUAAAGAUAAAGAGGCAAUCGUGUCAGGAAGCGGGUUUUUCUUUGGCCAAAAGGUACUUCGAACUUGGAACGAGCAUGAAGAGAUUAACGAGACUUCUUUCUCUUUUGAGUUUUUCUGGCGGACCUGCCGCGCAAGAUCUUUGGUCUUCCCCUGGAACCGAUGAAAAAAAGUGGAUCGCUUCUUAUGUACUCGCUCAGAAUGAUUCUUCUCUAUCUAUAGUUCAUGGCCUAUUAGAAGUAGAAGGUGCUCUGGUGCAAUCCUUACCGACAGAAAAAGAUUGCAGUCAGGUUGAUAAUAGUCGAGUGACAUUACUUCGUCGGUCCGAACUAAGGAAUCUGUUAGAAAUGUUUUGA